AAUAAUUGAUCAACACUGCUACAUACUGCAUACUGUUUUUCCUCGAUCGGAAAGUAAAACCCAUGAAAGACAGAGGCAAAGCUUGUACUACCGACGGUUUCCCGGAGUUCAACUUCUCAGCUGCGUCGGAGAUGCCAUGCAAGAAACACCCGAGUCCGAGUUCUUCGUCGGUCGGAAUUUGCGCGUACUGCCUGAAAGACAGGCUGGUGAAACUCGUCUGCUCCGAGUGCGGCGAGCAGCGCCUCUCUUCUUCUUGCUCCUGCUCCGACGAUGUUUCCUCCUCCUCGUACCGCAACUCUUGCAGCAGCACUGUCGGUAGUGUCGGAAGAGUCUCGUUUCUGAUAGAGAACGAGAAAUUCGAUCCGAAUAUUAUUCCGGCGAAGUCCAAGAGAAGGGAAGACCACCACAAAUCGUCGUCGGAGCAGCAGGUUAUAUUCCUGCGGCGGAGCAGCAGCAGCUGCGUGGAGGUGAAGAAAACAAAUGGGUUUUGGAGGAUCAAGCGCCUCUUUAGGAAGAAACGAAACAAGGGCGGCGACGAGUUUUGCGACGAGAGAAACAACGGCGACGGAUUCUGCGACGAGAAAAGCGAGAUUUGGGUGCGGGAUUACAUGGGCGUCGCCCGGUCUAGAUCGCUCUGCAGUUUCAGGGGCGGCGGCGGCGACGAAGCGAGUGAGUGUGCUUUCUCUAGCGCUAAGAUCUCCGACGUCACCGGCGGAAUCUUUCUUGAUUCCGACAAGCAGUGGGGAUAUUCCGGCGAAUCGGAGGGGAGGAGAAGUGGGUUUGAAAAUGGCGGCUUCGAUUUCAGAGGGGUUCAUAGUAGUACUGUGGCAACAAACAGGAGUGUUUUUCCGGCUAAGGAGAGUGAUUUCAGCGCCGCCAUGGAUGAGUCUGCUUUCAUUGAUCUGAAGCUGGAUUUAGCGACGGAAUUGAAGGAAGAAGGAGGGGGGAGUUUUGCAAAUAUGAAGAGUAAUGGGGGGUCUUGUAGAAUUUCAGUGAAUGAAAGGGGCGGAUUGAAGAGAGAUAGCAGAAGCCACAAGGUUUGGAAAUGGAUCUUUAAGUACCAUCCUGCAAAUAAGAAGGGGGGGAAAACAAUAUUUUGAAAUCUUGAGUUUUUUUUUUGUUUUGGAAAUGUUGUGGUCUUUUGUGAUAGUUUCUAUAAGCACAGGGAGUACUAAAAUAAUAGAACCUGUUAUUUUAAUUUGUGUUGAUCUUUUACUCUGUUUAGCUGUUUUGUGUAUGUUACUCUUAUUAAUUAGUCUAAAUUUUACUUUCCCUCCUUGUAC